AGGCCUGGAGACAUCGCCGGGGCCUCGCGUGGAGGCUGAGACCCGCCGCCAGAGGUCGCCAACGUUGGGGUUGAGGGAUAGGGGCGGAGCGCGCUCGGAUUCUGGGUACCGGAGACCCCUGAGAGCGGGGCGGGAGCAGAGGAGGAGAACGGGCGGAACCAGACGAGCGAGCAAUGAUGCGGGCCGACCAGCGAUGACUGCCCUUCCUUUCCCGCCAUGCAGUCCGAGGGCCUGGGACCCAGUAGCCUCGGCGUCCCCCCCCAAGAGGGGUUGGCACCGGCAGAUCCCGCCUCACGCAUUCCGACUGCUCCCACUGGGCUGGGCCUGCGCACAGGUGCGGGACUCCGAGCCCCGCCCCGAAGCAAAGAGAUCCCGCCCCCCUACCACCCCGCGCCCCAGGCGGCCCAGUCUCCGCGCCGCGUCAGCCGCUCCCGCCAGGCGUGCUGUCCCUGGGUUCGCGUCUGUCCGUCUGUCAGAUCGCGCCGCGAGAAGGGCUUGGGGGCCACGAAGGGGGCGUCGGUACCCGGCAGCAUAGACGCGGCCCCGGCCUCGGCAUGAAGUCCCGCAGGGACAAGCUGCACAUCCCGGCGCUGACUCUCGAUCUGUCUCCGAGCAGCCAGAGCCCAUCCUUGCUGAGCCCCAGCAGCCCCUGCAGCCCUUGCAGCCCCUCGCUGGGCUUGCACCCCUGGAGCUGCCGCAGCGGGAACCGCAAGAGCCUUGUGGUGGGAACACCCUCACCAACGCUUUCCAGGCCGCUGUCGCCCCUCUCAGUCCCAACUGCAGGCAACAGCCCCCUGGAUAGUCCCCGGAACUUCUCAGCAGCAUCAGCUGUCAACUUCCCCUUUGCCCGGAGCCACAUCCCUCGCACAGACAGGGCUGACGGCAGAAGAUGGUCCCUUGCAUCCCUCCCGUCUUCUGGCUAUGGAACCAACACGCCCAGCUCUACCGUCUCGUCAAGCUCAUCCUCCCGGGAGCGUCUCCACCAGCUUCCUUUCCAGCCUACGCCAGACGAACUGCAUUUCCUGUCCAAGCAUUUCCGCAGCUCAGAGAGUGUGGUUGACGAGGAGGUUGGACACCGCUCACCCCGCCUUCGGCCCCGCUCCCGAAGCCUCAGUCCAGGACGCACAACAGGCACCUUUGACAAUGAGAUCGUCAUGAUGAAUCAUGUGUACCGGGAGAGGUUCCCCAAGGCCACAGCCCAGAUGGAGGGUCGUCUGCAGGAGUUCCUCACUGCCUUCACGCCUGGUGCUCGGCUGGCACUGGCCGACGGCGUCCUGGGCUUCAUCCACCACCAGAUUAUCGAGCUGGCCCGCGACUGCCUGGCCAAAUCUGGAGAGGCACUUGUCACUUCCCGCUACUUCCUGGAGAUGCAAGAGAAGCUGGAGAGGCUUCUGCAGGAUGCCCAUGAGCGCUCGGACAGUGAGGAGGUUAGCUUCAUCGUCCAGCUGGUCAGGAAGCUGCUGAUCAUCAUCUCACGGCCAGCGAGGCUCCUUGAGUGCCUGGAGUUCGACCCUGAGGAGUUUUACCACCUGCUGGAGGCUGCCGAGGGCCAGGCCCGCGAGGGCCAGGGCAUCAAGACAGACCUGCCACAGUACAUCAUCGGGCAGCUGGGCCUGGCUAAAGACCCCCUUGAGGAUAUGGUGCCUCUGAGUCACCUCAAUGACAGAGGACAGACCCCAGCACCUGAGUCCCUGGAGAGCCGUGUCCUGGUCAGCCCGUCACGGAGGAAGCCGUGUGAGAGCGACUUCGAGACCAUCAAGCUCAUUAGCAACGGGGCCUACGGGGCCGUCUACCUGGUGCGGCACCGGGACACACGGCAGCGCUUCGCUAUCAAGAAGAUCAAUAAGCAGAACCUGAUCCUCCGUAACCAGAUCCAGCAGGUCUUUGUGGAGCGUGACAUCCUCACCUUCGCUGAGAACCCCUUUGUGGUCAGCAUGUUCUGUUCCUUUGAGACCCGGCGCCACCUCUGCAUGGUCAUGGAGUACGUGGAAGGGGGCGACUGCGCCACGCUCCUGAAGAACAUGGGCCCUCUGCCUGUGGACAUGGCCCGCAUGUAUUUUGCGGAAACGGUGCUGGCGCUCGAAUACCUGCACAACUACGGCAUUGUACACCGGGACCUCAAGCCUGACAACCUGCUCAUCACCUCGCUUGGCCACAUCAAGCUGACCGACUUCGGCCUGUCCAAGAUCGGGCUCAUGAGCAUGGCCACCAACCUCUACGAGGGCCACAUCGAGAAGGACACCAGGGAGUUCGUGGACAAGCAGGUGUGCGGGACCCCGGAGUACAUCGCGCCCGAGGUGAUCUUCCGCCAGGGCUAUGGCAAGCCGGUGGACUGGUGGGCCAUGGGCAUCAUCCUCUACGAGUUCCUGGUGGGCUGCGUGCCCUUCUUUGGAGACACCCCUGAGGAACUCUUUGGCCAGGUGGUCAGUGAUGAGAUCCUGUGGCCAGAGGGGGAGGAGGCCCUUCCAGCGGACGCCCAAGACCUCAUCACCAGGCUGCUCCGGCAGAACCCACUGGACCGUCUGGGCACUGGUGGCACCCAUGAGGUGAAGCAGCACCCCUUCUUCUGGACACUGGACUGGGCUGGUCUCCUGCGACACAAGGCCGAGUUUGUGCCACAGCUCGAAGCCGAGGAUGACACCAGCUACUUCGAUACGCGAUCAGAACGGUACCGGCAUCUGGGCUCUGAGGAUGAUGAGACCAACGACGAGGAGUCGUCCACAGAGAUCCCCCAGUUCUCCUCCUGCUCCCACCGGUUUAGUAAGGUCUACAGCAGCUCUGAGUUCCUAGCUGUGCAACCUACCCCUACCUUUGCUGAACGGAGCUUUAGUGAGGAUCGGGAAGAAGGGUGGGAACGCAGUGAGGGGGAGUAUGGCCCCCGGCAGAGCACUGACGUCCGGCUGAGGUCCUGGACGUCCUCUAGUUCCUCCUGCCACUCAUCCUCUUCCCAGCCUGAGCGGGGACCCAGCCCAUCUCUCCUGAGCACCAUCAGCCUGGACACGAUGCCCAAGUUUGCCUUCUCAUCAGAGGAUGAGGGAGCCAGCCUAGGCCCUGUGGGCCCCAAGAAGCCCGUCUUCAUUCUGGGAGAGCCUGACCCGCCACCAGCCGCCACCCCAGUGAUGCCCAAGUCCUCAAGCCUCUCUGCCGAUCCCGCCGCCCUCAGCCAUGCACGCCUACGGAGCAACAGCACUGGUGCCCGACAGUCCACACCCAGGGCCUUGGAUGCCGGCCGGGGCCGCCGCCUUGGGGGCCCACGAGACCCAGCCCCCGAGAAGUCUAGGGCUUCCCCCAGUGGGGGCCGGGUGCCCAAGUCGGCCUCAGUGUCUGCCCUGUCACUCAUCAUCACCGCCGAUGAUGGCAGUGGUGGCCCCCUCAUGAGCCCCCUGUCCCCACGUUCAUUGUCCUCAAACCCGUCGUCCCGUGACUCAUCUCCCAGCCGAGACCCGUCCCCUGUGUGUGGCAGCCUGCGGCCCCCCAUUAUCAUCCACAGCUCUGGCAAGAAGUAUGGCUUCAGCCUGCGGGCCAUCCGCGUCUACAUGGGCGACAGUGACAUCUACACUGUACACCAUGUCGUCUGGAGCGUGGAGGAGGGGAGCCCCGCCCAGGAGGCGGGACUGCAAGCCGGAGACCUCAUCACGCAUAUCAAUGGGGAGUCUGUCCUGGGGCUGGUACACAUGGACGUUGUGGAGCUGCUGCUGAAGAGCAACAACAAGAUUGCCCUCCGGACCACGGCCCUGGAGAACACAUCCAUUAAGGUGGGCCCCGCCCGGAAGAAUGUAGCCAAGGGCCGCAUGGCACGCAGGAGCAAGCGGAGCCGCCGACGGGAGACACAGGACCGGCGGAAGUCACUCUUCAAGAAGAUCUCAAAACAGUCCUCCGUGCUACACACCAGCCGCAGCUUUUCCUCUGGCCUCCACCACUCCCUGUCAUCCAACGAGAGCCUCCCAGGCUCGCCCACCCACAGCCUCUCCCCCAGCCCCACCACACCCUGCCGCAGCCCAGCUCCUGAUGCCCCAGCAGAAACUGCAUCCCCACCCAGUGCAUCUCCGAACUCUAGCAGCCCUGCCUCUCCAGCCACUGCUAGCCACACCCGCCCCAGUUCCCUGCACGGCCUGGCUGCCAAGCUAGGGCCACCCCGUCCCAAGGCUGGCCGCCGCAAGUCCACCAGCAGCAUCCCGCCCUCCCCGCUGGCCUGCCCACCCGUGCCUGCACCCCCACCCCGCUCACCCUCACCCCUGCCGGGGCACCCACCCACACCUGCCUGGUCCCCAAGUUUGCGCCGGGGCCAGUCAGCUGACAAGCUGGGUGCAGGGGAGCGGCUGGACGGGGAGCCGGGUCGUCGCAGCCGCGGGCCAGACUCUGAGCUGGUGGUCAUGCGACGGCUGCAUCUGUCCGAGCGCCGAGACUCCUUCAAGAAGCAGGAGGCUGUGCAGGAGGUGAGCUUUGACGAGCCACCAGAGGAGGCCGCCGGGUUACCUGCUGUGGUGCCCCAGAUUGCAGUGGAGGGUGCCGAGGCUGUACCUGAAGCCCUGGGACCUGCAGCGAAGGACUGAUCCUUCCUACCUGGCCUCCCCCCGGCCUGGAAGUCAUGCGGUUUUUAGUGUGCAAGGUUUUUCAAGUCAAGUGGCACCUGGAUGGAGACUGAGCCACUAGCUUGUGUCACCCAGAAGGCAGGAAGCCAUCAUGGUCCUUGCUGGAAGGUGCAGUCAAGCGCCUCCCUCGUGUUCUGGUACCGAUCCGUCAGGGGCUAUAAGGCAGGAAUGGGAGGUGAUGGUGGCACUGUAAAUAGCAGCAAAUCCCUGCAACUAAUUUAUUACUUUUUAUAAGCGAUGGCCAGACAGAGCUGCCCCUGUGACAGCAGCUGCCCAGGGCCUGCCCCAUGCAGACCCUGCCCCCAGGGCUCUAAAGGAAGCACUUUGGACAAGUCACAUGUGUUCGUAUUUUCUUGUUGUUCUGUACUUUUAAAGUUUUCUGUGUGUUACUUGAUCCCAUCAUUGACCCAAGACCCACCGAUUUGAAGGGUUGCAGCCCAGCUCAAUUGUCUGGGCCCGGUUUAGAUGUGACCCGGAGGAUCUGUAAUCGAUUCCCUUCCACCACAAAACAAAGUCAUCUUCAUGAUGGACUGGAUGCUGACGGCUGCUUCCCACCAUGGUAACCUCCAUCCGUAGUCCAGCCUGGCUAGAAUCUGCCUCCAGUCCUGUGGGUUUAGGGGAUAUGGAAACUGGGGCUUUGAUAGAUCACCAGAUCUAGGCAAAGGAUCACCCACUCCACAGGUUGACACUAAUGCCCCAGGAGGCACAGGCCUCAAAGGGCACUGCCAGGGCAGGAGAAGAAGAUCCCCCUUGAACAAGAUUUCACAUAUUUGAUGCCCACCAGGGUUAAAUGUGGACCAUGAUGUUUGAAACAUCAUGGUUCCCUCGAUAUGUUAGAGCCUCCCUGGGAUGAAAUUCGAGUGAGAAAACCCAACGGGGGUGGGAGGGGAGGCAGUGAGGCCCGAGUUUGAAUCUUGGCUUCACUCUUUGGCUCUGGGAAAAUGGCUUUCCCACUCUGUGCCUGAGUUUCCUUAUGUUUACAAAACUAAUCCCAAUGACGAUUAAGCACUUACUGUGUGCCAAGCGCUUUUACUUGUGGCUUCUCCCUCAGCUGGCCUUGAGAAGCCUGGAGGUGGUAUCGUCACCCCCAUUUUACAGACAAAUAGCUGAGACCUGGUGUGGGUGGAGAGUCAUGCAGCCAGGCCUUCUUGUGGGCCUUGUCAAGGGAACUUGAAUGCAGAGUCUGGUAUCAGAUACAGCUGACUCCAGCCAGCCUGUGAUGUUAUGUGAACCACAGGGGCAUCUCAGAGCCUUUAGCGUUUCCCAUUUAGAGGUGGCUGGCAAGAUUGCUGUGCCCCACAUGGUAAUGGCACUUUCCAAAUACUGCAGCCCUAUCUGCAUCCCUCCCCCCGGCCCAGCAUUGCCUGGUGUUGGAGCUAGACCAAGGCUAUGCAUGACUUGCUCCCUUCUUCCAUCCCGGAGCUGACAGUGAAUAAAAUCCACAUUGACAAACAGGAGGUCCAGUGUCUGGAUUUGUGAAGGGACAAAAAAAGAGUAAGGAAAGAGUGAAGGGAGCGGGGUGAAAACAGACCCUCGGCUCAAAGUCAUUUGAAAUGGGUUUUGAAGGCUGCACAGGAGUUCAUCACUGAGAUUCUCUGGUCCUGGCCUCCUGCUGCCUUCUCUCUGUGAGUACCCAUCCUUGGCUAUACCCUUAAAAGCUUCAUCCAGACACCCAUCUGGGGCUCUCGGCUGUGUUAAUAAAAAAUUGAUAAACCA